AUGUUUGAUGAUAUUAUUGAUGUAGAUUUAAAAACAGCUGGUAAUAGAAUAUUACAUGAAAGUUAUGGUCUAAUAUGGCUAUGGAAGCAUACAAAAUAUGAAAAAAUAGCUUUUCUUGAAAACUCAGUUGUGGUAUUAAAUAAAACAGAUGAUAUAUUCAAUCAAACACCAUUAGCUGCUAUACCUGAUGUAGGCUGGGCUGACAAAUUUGAUACUAAUGUUAUGUUAUUACAACCAAAUAAGAAAAUAUUUAAUAAGUUACGUAAAGCAGCUGAUAAAGAAGUUAGAAAUGAAAGAGAAGGACAAGAUAGUGCCAAAGUAGAAUGGUUAAUAACAUCUAUAUAUCCUGACUGGAAUAGAUUACCUUGUAUUUAUAAUAUACAUUAUACAUUACAAGAUACAAAUAGAGAUGCUUAUAGAAGAUUACAGCAUACAAUAAAGAUAGUCCGAUUUACUGGUGAAAAUAAACCAUGGACUGUUCCUUUAAAUAUUGAUAAUAAUUUACCAGAGGUGUAUAUUGAUAAAGUGGGCCAUAUUUAUAUCGAGUUAUUAUUUCAUGAAAAAUGGUGGAAUGUAUUCACCAAAUAUGUUCAUGCCAAAUUAAAGAAAUAUUUAAAGAAGUAUAACUUACAUUUAGUUAUUAAAGAUAGACAUCUAUUUUUAGGUAAUGUAGAUUUCCAUGUAGAUGCAGGUUUUUUUAAUCUAAAAGGUAAAUCCUGUCCCAAGAUGAUAGUUAAAAAUAACAGAACUGUCAGUAACCAAUACUCAUCAUGGAGACAAUUAUUAGAAGGUAUACGAGGCUGGCAAGAUGUUGGCCUUGAACUAUAA